GCUGUUGGGGUAGAGAGAUGGAAAUGAAAAGAUAACUUGAGCUCUGAAUCUGAUCGAUGCCCCCAAACCCCCAUAUGCAAUAGCCAAAAUCCGAAGCGGUCCACACCCGGCCCCUGCUCGACGAAAUUCCUCGCCCGGGAUAAUCGUCUGAAUCACCAUGGAGUCAAGCAUUCUGGAUUCCAUUGGCGUAGAGAUCAUCGGGGUGAUGUCCCCUGUCUCCAUCUGUAUGCUCCUCGUUGUCCUCCUCGUCUACUCCCUCUCUUCCUCCAAUCCCUUCUCUCCCGCUUCUGUCGAUACCAUUCGCACCGCUGCCAACCUUGUCUACGUCGAGAACCCUUCCGACUCUGCUUCCCAGAAGCUCGAAGGUGCUCUUCUGAAUGCUUUGGUCUUCGUCAUCUUAAUUGCCAUCGUCACUUUCCUCCUUGUUCUUCUUUAUUAUUACAACUUCACCAAUUUCCUCAAGAACUACAUGCGCUUCUCCGCCUUCUUCGUUCUUGGCACCAUGGGCGGAUCCAUCUUCUUGUCCGUCAUCGAAAAGUUCUCUAUUCCUGUUGAUUCCGUCACUUGUUUUCUUCUUCUUUUCAAUUUCACCGUUGUUGGUGUUCUCUCCGUGUUUUCGGUUGGGAUCCCAAUUUUACUGAGGCAAACCUACAUGGUUUGUCUGGGGAUUAUUGUGGCGGCCUGGUUCACGAAAUUGCCCGAGUGGACUACUUGGGUUUUGCUUGUCGCAUUGGCUGUGUAUGAUUUGGUGGCUGUUUUGGCUCCCGGUGGCCCGCUUAAGCUGUUGGUGGAUUUGGCCUCAACUAGGGAUGAAGAGCUUCCUGCCUUGGUGUACGAGGCUCGACCUACGGUCGCUCGAACUGGGAAUCGCGGGGCUUCGUCUUUAGGGUUUUUGGUCGCUGGAGUUUCAGAUUCUUCGUCAAUCGAGCUUCAAGCAGUGUCAAGGGACAACGUCAAUAGACAUGAGAACGAGAGUGGCAGCAAUGCCGACUAUUCUGCAGUGACCUUGGGGGAUUUUCAGAAUGAGGAGGCUCACAGUGACAGAGAUGAUGGGGAGAGGUCGCCACUGGUGGGUAAUGCGCGAGAAAAGCAUUCAUCGAGUAGUGAUUCGUCGCAAUAUUCGACAGUUGUCGGUCCAUCCAGUCGAGGUCAGCAUUUUAAUGGCAGGGACCAUGAGAUUGUGGGUGAGGAAACAUCUCCUCUUGUAGAAAUGAUGGAAAUGGGAAAUGAAGGAAGGCAGUCGAGGGCUGGUGAUGUGGAGAUUGCUGAUAGGGGUAUUAAACUUGGGCUUGGAGAUUUUGUUUUCUACAGUGUCCUUGUGGGUAGAGCUGCAAUGUAUGACCUUAUGACAGUGUAUGCUUGUUACCUUGCAAUCAUAUCAGGACUAGGUUGCACUCUAAUUUUGUUGUCAGUGUGCCGUCGAGCUUUGCCUGCACUUCCUAUUUCUAUCACACUGGGUGUUAUUUUUUAUUUCUUGACACGAUUAUUAAUGGAGCCCUUCAUUGUCGGUGCAGCCACAAAUUUAGUGAUGUUUUGAACUGGCGUUGUUUUCUUAGAGUGACAGAUAAUGAGAAUUGUUAGAGAUACACUAAUCAUUUCAUAGGCAGGAAAUUUGUUAUUGGAGUUAAGAGUUAGUGCUCCG